AUUCCGUCGAAGCUAAAUAUAGUUAGUUACGACGGUUCCUCAUUUCAUCCACCUUCGAUCGAUCAAUCAUUUUCAGCUCAUCGAUUUGGAAGCUACCAGCACCGAUUCAUCAUCGUUCCAUCACCCUGACGCAUCUAGGGCUUCCUAUAUUACCAUUUUGUCUUUCCAAUUCCAUUCCGUGUUCGAUUCUUUUCACUAGUUUCAUGGAGAUUCAACCCCAUCCUGGCCAUUUCAAGCUAUGGAGCGAAUUGGAGCUGCACGAAUUCCAACACAAGUUCGUUAUCAAAGCCGUCGAAUCCACCGAUCAAGGCUUUGCCAUCCGCCGGUCCGAUGGCACCGUCGAGCCACUCAACGGUGAUGAUGUUUCUACAAAUUCUCGAAAAGUGUCUACGAUAUACGGCGUGGUUGGAACUAUUAGGUCACUUUCAGCGACGCAUGUGCUGGUGAUAACUUCUCGGAAAGAAGUGGGAAGUUAUGUGGGUUUCCCUGUUUUUCGAGUGAUGUCUAUGAAGUUCUUGUCCUGCAAUGAGGCUUUGAGACUUCCAAACUAUCAAGAAAAAAGGGAUGAGGCUUACUUCAGGACCUUAUUAAGAGUAAUAGAAUCAACUCCGGGUUUGUAUUAUUCAUACGAGACAGAUAUAACCUUGAGCUUGCAGAGAAGAUUCAAGUUGACUGAAGGGCGAAUGAGUAAACCAAUUUGGAAGCAGGCUGACCCCCGAUUUGUUUGGAACAGAAAUAUUUUGGAGGAGCUUAUUGAGAAUAAGCUUGAUGGGUUCAUCAUUCCUCUGAUACAAGGGAGCUUUCAGACGGAACAGCUCAAGCUGAAAACUUCACCGGCUACAAUUAUAUUAAUUUCUAGGAGGUGUACACGAAGACUAGGGACCCGCAUGUGGAGAAGAGGGUCUAAUCUUGAAGGAGACACUGCAAAUUUUAUUGAAACUGAGCAAUUGUUGGAGUUUGAAGGUUUUCGGUCUUCGCUUUUACAGAUUCGAGGUUCAAUUCCGCUUAUUUGGGAGCAAAUUGUUGAUUUGAGCUAUAAACCACGACUUAAUGUUAUUGAUCAUGACCAAACAUCAAAGGUUGUGGAGCGCCAUUUUCGUGAUGUUACACAGAGAUAUGGAGAGACGAUAGCCAUUGACCUAACUGAUAAGCAUGGCGAUGAGGGUCAACUGAGCGCAGCAUUUGCUGCUGAAAUGCAGAAGCUGCCAAACGUGAGAUAUGUUUCCUUUGAUUUUCAUCACUAUUGUGGCAAGGCAAACCUCGAGAACAUACAAGUUCUCUAUGACCAAGUCUCCGAGGAUUUUGAAAAGCAAGGAUAUUUCCUCGUGGACGCAGAAGGAAAGAUACUAUUGGAGCAGAAAGGGGUUAUCAGAUCUAAUUGCAUUGACUGCCUUGAUCGAACAAAUGUUACACAGAGUUACCUGGCUCAAAAAUCUUUAAAUGCACAGUUGCUGAGGCUUGGUGUACUUUCUUCCGAGGAGGGCAUUUCCAUUUUCAGUGAAGAUUUUGAAAUUUUCAGAACUCUGUGGGUGGAGCAAGGUGAUGAGAUAAGCCUGGAAUAUUCCGGGACCCAUGCACUCAAGCGGGACCUUGUCCGGUAUGGGAAACAGACUAUGGCAGGACUAAUUAAAGAUGGGAUCAGUUCAAUUUCAAGAUAUUUUUUAAAUAACUUCCAAGAUGGUGUUCGGCAGGAUGCAAUCGAUCUUGUAAGUGGCCACUAUACUGUCAACAUCAACAACCCUUCCCCAUUUCAGCAAAAUGGAUUUGAAUCAUUCUCUUAUCUCCCAGUAGCAUCAGCUCUCAUAAUUGGAGGAUUAACAGCGACCUCAGUCUCGCUCAACCAAGCUGGACGAAAUGCGCAAACUAUUGUGUCUUCAAUAAUCUGUGCCGGUGUAGCUGCUGGAAUGAUGGCGCUGAUCAAAACUAAUGGAAGGCAGAUUUGUUCUAGGCCUCGCUUGUGUGGCCUUCUGUAACGACGAAAUCUCCGACACAGAAAAAAAAUAA